GGCGCGGGAUCCGAUAGAGAAAGCUAGCUAGACUCCUCCGUGGAGUGGGGUCUUGGAGAACUUUUAUGUCUAGCUAAAGGAUUGUCAAUGCACCAAUCAGCACUCUGUCAAAACGGACCAAUCAAUGCUCUGUAAAACGGACCAAUUAGCUCCCUGUAAAAUGGGCCAAUCAGCAGGAUGUGGGUGGGGUCAGAUAACGGAAUUAAAGCGGGCAGCCGGAACGCCCUGCGGCAACCUGAUUCUAUUCUCUUCUCCACUGUGGAAAGUUUGUUCUUUUGCUCUUAGCAAUACAUCUUGCUGCUGAGUCUGGGUCCGCGCCGCUUUUGUGAGCUGUAACAUUCACCAGGGAGGUCUGCAGCGAAGGUCUGCAGCUUUGCUCUUGAGGCCAGCCAGACCACGAGCCCACCGGAGAGAACGAACAGCUCCAGACGCGCUGUCUCUGAGAGGUGUAAGUAACACUCACCACUAAGGUGUGAAUUGAAGCCAGCGAGACUAGGAACCCACGGGAAGGAAUGAAUAACUCCAGAGGCGUCACCUUGAAGAGCUGUAACACUCACUGCGAGAGUCCGCGGCUUCAUUCCUAAAGUCAGCGAGACCACGAACCCACCAGAAGGAAGAAACUCCAGACGCAUCUGAACAUCUGAAGGAACAAACUCCAGGUACGCCAUGUUUAAGAACUGUAACACUCACUGCGGGGGUCCGCAGCUUCAUUCUUGACAUCAGCGAGACCAAUAACCCACCAAUUCCAGACACACUGCGUCCGGUGCUGCAGGGGGAAAUGCACAGACUCAAAACUGCCAGCUUUGUUCUGAUUGGGAGCUCUGCCUGCCUGACACGCGGCCUGGGCUGAGAAGAGUGGGGCGGUUCACAGGGAGAGUCCCGCGGAGCAGGAGUGCUGUGCGAUGAUAAUGAAAAACAAGAACCGUCUGCCAAAGAGCUGUGCUGCGCUCAAAUGGGGUCUGAAAUAAGGAAUGGGGUCUGAGCCGCCUUGUUCCUUGGCCCUGUUUAAUGGCGAAGCACCUUCUCGGCAGGAGGGCAGGGCUCCCGGGUCCUAGGAGACCCCUUGGUGGGACAGGAGGGCUGGGUGAGCUCCACAGGAGCUCUGUCCACUCCUUCCGCUGUGAGGGUGGCUUUUGCUUCUGGGGCUUCGGGUCGCUGUCGUCUUUGAUGUUGCUGUCCCGUUCACCAGCGAGGGUCUCUGGAGCUGAGAGCUGUCCAGGCUGAAUGCCCAGUGGGCAGUGUGAGGCCAGGAGCACACUGUGUGGGCCCAGCAGGUGCCUUGCAGUGGAGAUUCCCCUCAGUCCUGCUGGCCAGGGGCCUACCCGGUCUCCCUUGGGGCUGUGCCAUCCCUGUGCUUCAGAUUUACUGGGGGGCUGCUUCUCCCUGGUCCUGAUCCCCUGCACUCCCUCAGUCAGCGACCUGGGACCAGGUCAUGAUGGAGCACUGGGCGUUGCAGAGGGGCCAUCCCAGGGCUUCGGUGCCAAGGUGGGACCUGUGGCCAUGGGACAUUGGAGGGUCCAUCAGGCCCUCAGGAACUUUGCCACCUGCAGGUGCGAGAGGGUCCCGUUCUGGCAGUGGGGUCUGGCCCUGGGGUUUCCUAAACAGGAGUGGGGUUUAAUGACAACAGUCUCCAGGGACUCUGGGCAGGAUUGAAGGCUGUGAUGGCAGCCGGCCCGGGGUGGAGGGUGCUCCCCCUGGACAGGACUUGGGCGUAAAGGUUCUGAAGAGCCCAGCGGCAGUACACCCAGCUGAGCCUGCGGAGGCCAGGGUAUCCGCAUGGGAAUCUGCCCAUGGAGAGAAGACCAGGGACCCCCAGGGUUGCCCAGCAUGCACGCCCACCUGCAGGGCCUGGGACAGCUCCUGUCACCAGCUGAGAGAUGCCUGAAUACUGCUGAGUGCCUUGGCCCCCACCCCCCAACCUGUUUCCCAAUCAGCUUGUAACACGGUGUGCUCCUCACAGCUCCCUGGAUGCCAGUGCCCCGAGGGCAUGGAAGGAAGGGGUUGGUGAGAGGCGUCUGAGCCAGCAUGGCCCCUGCCAGGGGCAUCCUGCAGUCACAGCACGUUGGACUCCUGGGCAGUGUCUCCAGGGGUAGAGGGAGAAGCUCCCACCCAGGCCCCAGGCCUCCAAAUCACCAGGGAACCCACUGUCAUCCCUGAACAGGGAGUUCUCCAGGGCACGAGCGUCGGCCCCUGCCAGGCAGAAGCACGCAGGGCUCCUGGGAACCUGAGUUAACAGAAGGUUUGGGUUGAAUGUGUGGUGUGCGUGCCUGAUGCUCCCAGCCUGGUCACUUCCUGAGGAAUGCUUGCCCUCGGGUUCUGGUGGAAUCCAAUUGGCUGCCAUCACAGAGUCUUUCUCCGCAGAGACAGGUUCUCCCUCGGGCUGUGCCUGCAUGAGGCCAUCGGGUGUGAGGGAGAUUGGGAGGGGGCUGUACCCCUUCAAGGAUGAGGAGACUGAGGCGCAAGCAACUGUCCCACCAUGGGCACCUGCCUGCGAGCGAGCUCUGGGGGUCAGCGGGUGCAGCUGGAGAAGCUGCUGGUGGCUUUUCCAGAGCAGGUGGAGCUGUCAGAGGUCACGCCCUGGCCUGGUCCAGCCCAGCACAACCCAGGGGGCCUGCAGGACACUUGUGACCAGGACAGAGGUUCUCAGGGAGGCCAGAGCCUGAGCAGGGCCGAGGGCUGGCUCUGAGGUCUCAGGCCCCAGGGAGUGGUGAUGAGCUGAGAGGGUUGGUAGCUCCCACUGAGUCCGUGGCUCCUGCCUCGAGACCUCUGACCCGGCAUUGCUGAUGAUGUGAGCACGGCCUGUCCACCAGCCUCCUCUGCCAGCAAGGCUCAGCCACCCCACAGCCAUCCACGUGGAGAGUAGUCGUGUAGGCUCUGUCGGCGCCACCCCCGCGUGGGCGUGGGCAGUGAACAAGGGAGCACCCAGGCUGCUGCUACCUUUAAAACAGCAGCUGGCCCUAGUGAGAGAGACCCCAGGCCCUAGUUACAGACUCCAGGCCCAAGGGGCAGACCCCUGGCCAUAGUGACAGACCCCAGGCCCUAGUUACAGGCUCCCGGCCCAAGGGGCAGACCCCUGGCCGUAGUGACAGACCCCAGGCCGUAGUUACAGGCUUCAGGCUCAAGGGCAGACCCCUGGCCCUAGUGACAGACCCCAGGCCCUAGUUACAGGCUCCAGGCCCAAGGGGCAGACCCCUGGCCCUAGUGACAGACCCCAGAUCCUAGUAACAGGCUCCAGGCUCAAGGGACAGGUCCCGGCCCUAGUGACUGACAGACCCCUGGUCCUGGUGAGCACCCCCUGGCCCAAGUGCGAGACCCCUGUUCCUAGUGACAGAGCCCUGGUCGGUCCUAGUGCCUGGCCCCGCUUACUGAUGCCACAUGGACACCCGGGUUUCCAGCCCCUGGACAGCUCCAUGAUCAGAGGCUGGGGCUGCUGUUUCCCCAGCCCUGUCAAUUCUGUUCUGGCAGGUUUUCUGUAAGUUUGGCUUUGGGCAGUCCAGCGUCCAGUCUGAAGGCAUUUCCCAGGAGAUUCAUUCUGACAAAUGGUGCCCAGGUGAUUUUUCGUGGGGCCUCUUGGGAACAGGGACAGCCCGUGGGGUUGGGGCAAAGGUGGCCUGGGGUGUCUGGGACGAAGCCCCGCCUAGGUGGCCGAGUCCUUGGAGCUGGUGACACACCUGGGACAGGGAUUCCCUGGCCAGCGAGGAUGCUUCGUUCCCUAGGACAGCCACCCUCUGGGGUCUGCCUUUGUCUGCCCCACUCUGGGGUCUGUGGUGCCACCUCUGCCCUCAUCUUCUGUCCUCUCCAAGCCUGUUUUGAAGAUGCCAGUUGGACAACACAGUCUUGCCCACACCCAUGGGUGAGCCCGUAGGCACUGUCCUCCUGACUGCCUGGGGAGGUGCUGCAGGUGUGUGGGAGUGGGGUGGGCUCAGUCUCCAAGCAGGUCCUGGCCCUGGGGGUUGGGGCGUGAGUGGGGUGGGCUCAGCCUCCAAGCAGUUCCUGGCCGGGCCCCACUUGGGCUCCCAUGGGGUUUGGCCAGGGAAGGGGCAUGUGCUGUGAGCAGGCACCUGGGUCGGGGCAGGGCUGGGCACGUCCCUCCUACCAGGGAGGUCCCGGCCAGUGGGAGAGGGUGCAGGUGCACACCUGGAUGCAAGCCACAGGCCUGGGAGCACAGGGCACAGCUGAGAUGGUGGGCACAGGCCUGGGAGUGCAGAGCCACCCCCUGGAGGUUCAGGGCACACACGUGGAGAUGCUGGGUACACACCUGGGAGCUUGUCCUUUGACCCCAGGUGAGCAGUUUGUCUUCCUGGAGUCUCUUCUGCUACACAACCUUCUUUUCCCUCAUGGUGAAAGAGCAGAGCCUCUGGGGGAAACGGUGUGAGGGUCUGCGCCCAGGGCUCAGGUGCGCUGUACCCAGAAAAUGGGAAAGUGGAGGACACCUGUCCAAGGAGAAGCAGCUGGCACAGCUGCAUGCCAUGCUCGGUGGAGAACGCCAAGGUAGAGGCGCUCGCCCAGGCUCGUUGUCCGUCUGACACCUCCUCAUUCUCUUAAAACUAAAUGUAUUCUUAUUACCGUCAUUGUGGAAACAGCACGUGGGUCUAAUGAAGUGAUCCAGACAGUGCAUCUCCCAUCUCCUCUACUCCUGCUCCGUGUUUGUGGCCCGUGUCCUGCUCCUCCAGACCCAGCAGCAGCCUGGCUGUCUUCCCACAGUGGCAUGUCGCACCUAAUUCAUUCUGUCAUUUUUAGUUUAAAAACCUUUUAAAAAAUAUUUUAUUAAACUAAUGCAUGUUUGAGGUAAAACACAAGAACCUAGAACAGUGAAGCUCGGAUGGGCUCUGAGGCGAGUCCCCAUGUGAGACCCCUCAGCACACAGCCCACGCAGAGGCGGGCUUUGGAAGCAUUUCUGGCAGCUGGCGUCUGAGGUCAGCACUGCUCCACCCCUUGGUGCAGAAAGGCCAGGGCUGAGUUGGGACGGGUUCCACUUUUCCCUCCUGAACUGCGAGGGCCUGGUUCUCAGCCCUCCCAAGCACCCAUGGACUCACUCCCGUGUGACGGCCAUGGGUUCCUGCAUCUACUCCUUCUUCUCGGCUGUUGAUGGCUGUCACCCUCGUCUUCCUGGGAAGCCCAGUCACCAAGCACUUCUGCAGGGUGCGUGGCCACGUCUCUGAGCUCACACCCACUGCAGGUGGCCUUGCUCCCCUCAGCCUGAGUGGGACAGUGGACAUGGGUAUCCAAGUCCCAGCCUGAAGCAUUUUUCCUCAGAACAUUUGAAGCCAGUGUCUGUCUUCAGUAGAUCUGGCGAUGGCCUGACCCCUGUUCCUUUCUGCCCCUGGGCCUUGGGUGUGGCCUGUGUGUUCUCGCCAUCUGCACUGCUGCCUCCUGGCUGCGCUGCUGCUGGGACCUCCUGCACGGCCCCAUCCUCCACUUCUCCACCUCUGCUGGGUCCCUCCCGUGCAGACAGCUGCAUGGACACUGCUCCUGCCGGCCCUUUCUCCCUCAGCCACUCACACCAUCUGCUAAUGGGACAGCUCACUCUUCCCUCCAAACCAUGGCCUUGGCUCAAGAGCUUCCUUGUUUCUGGAAUGUUCUUUCCUCCAGCUCCAGGUGUUGGAAUUCUGCCUGGUCUGGGUCUCCUAUUGAAGGACGCCCUCCACUGGGAAGGAUCCUCUUGCCUUCACCACUUGUCUUCACCAACCCCUGCUCCCCUCUUCCUCUUGGGGCUGUUGUGGUUGUUGAUACUUUUUUUUUGUUGUGUUUGACACACUCCUUGUUCUCACCCUCUAACACAGUUCUCAACCACAGCACUUUCAUCCCUGGAGAUGUUUGGCAGUGUCCAGAGGCGUGUUGAUGGUCCCACUGGGGUUGGGGGUGCUGCUGGCACCAGAUGGUAGGGAGAUGCCAGGGGUGCUGCUCCACACCCUAUGGGACACUGCACAGUACACCUGGCCUGCGUCCCCCACAGCGAGAGCUGGCCCUGGGCAGGCGUGGUCCCUGCGGUGUGUGUUGGUUGGGAUCCUCCACAGUGACAGACAAUGUGCUCUGCCCACGUUUCCACAGAGCUCUUUUGCUUAUGGAGCUCACCCCUUUGCAGAGAGCUCAUUUCCCUGUGGUCUUUGGCCUGCAGAAGUAAAAUGAGGGGUGGCCAAUUGCACCCCUGCUGGUUACACAUGGAAAACUCAGGAGCGAGAAUUUUGUGGAGAGCAAGUGAGUCACCUUUCUCUCCAGUGCCACUACUGCGCUUUCGAUGCAGAAUAAUUCAGUAUUUGGCGACUUGAAGUCGGAUGAGAUGGAGCUGCUCUACUCAGCCUACGGAGAUGAGACAGGCGUGCAGUGUGCGCUGAGAUGGACACUCGCUCCGGGAGCCAGUGUUCCAUCACCCCAGAAGCCAUACUCAACAAUGAAGAGCUGGUCUUGCCACCCCGCAUCUCCAGAGUGAACGGCUGGUCGUUACCCCUGCACUACUUCCAGGUGGUGACUUGGGCUGUCUUCGUGGGCCUUUCCUUGGCCACCUUCAGGAUCUUCAUUCCCCUCCUGCCUCCCGCAUGGAAAUACAUCGCCUACGUGGUGACCGGGGGGAUCUUCUCCUUCCACCUCGUCAUCCACCUGAUUGCCUCCUGCAUCGACCCGGCCGACUCCAAUGUCAGACUCAUGAAGAACUAUUCUCAGCCCAUGCCCAUCUUCGACAGAUCAAAACAUGCACACGUGAUCCAGAAUCAGUUCUGCCACCUGUGCAAGGUCACCGUGCCUCAACACCCUCCCCCAGCCUCCCAUUCCCUGCUGGACGCCCUCUCCCCAGGCCACACAGGGCUGGUUCCUCCGAGGCACCUGGCUUCCAGUGAUGGACCUCUGGCCCUGCCCCAACCUGUGCACUUGGGGCCUGACAGGUGUUCCCCAAUUCAUCCCUCCGGGAACAAGAAAACCAAACACUGCAUUUCCUGCAAUAAGUGUGUGUCUGGCUUCGACCACCACUGCAAAUGGAUCAACAACUGCGUGGGAAGCCAGAAUUACUGGUUCUUCUUCAGCACUGUGGCCUCGGCCACAGCUGGCAUGCUCUGCCUGAUCGCCAUCCUGCUGUACGUCCUCGUCCAGUACCUUGUGAACCCCAGGGUGCUCCGCACGGACCCCAAGUAUGAAGAUGUCAAGAAUAUGAACACGUGGCUGCUGUUCCUCCCUCUGUUCCCGGUGCAGGUGCAGACCCUGAUAGUCGUGAUCAUCGGGAUGCUCGUGCUCCUGCUGGACUUUCUUGGCUUGGUGCACCUGGGCCAGCUGCUCAUCUUCCACAUCUACCUGAAGGCCAAGAAGAUGACCACCUUUGAGUAUCUAAUUAAUACCCGCAAAGAAGAGACUUCAAAACAUCAAGCAGUGAGGAAAGAUCCAUACUUGCAAAUGGACAAAGGAUUUCUCCAGCAAGGAGAUGGCGCCCUGGGCUCAUCUGCACAGGGAGUCAAGGCCAAGAGCUCCCUGCUGAUUCACAAGCACUUAUGUCACUUCUGCACUUCAGUAAACCAGGAUGGGGAUUCGACGGCACGGGAAGGGGAUGAAGACCCGUGUCCAUCUGCACUUGGAGCCACGGCCAGGAACUCCCUGCUGAUUUGCAGGCGCCUGUGUCAGUUCUCCACUCGUGUACACCCAGACGGGGGAUCGAUGGCACAGGAAGCAGAUGAUGCCCCGAGUACAUCUACACCUGGGCUGCAACAAGAAACAACAGAGCCCAUGAAAACUGACAGUGCUGAAAGUGAAGACUGAGAUUCAGGAGCUGAGGUGCCCCUGUGAUCCAGGUCUUCCACCCUGAAACCCCAUCCUCCAUCAAGGUCCUGCCUGUAGAGUCUACCUUGCAAAGCCUCCUGUUCCUACCCAUGCUACAGGCCAGGAACCAGAGCCCAUCAUCUCAGAGGCCCCUGGAUGUCCUUUGAAGGAACCAGGACCCUCAGAGCCCAGCAUCCAUCUCUGUCAUCAUCUUCAUCACACCCAAAGAAGAGCCAGCCUUGCAGGAGGGUUUACAUCUCCAGGAUGAUGGGCUGCCAGCAGCUGCAGAGGAUGCAGCCACCUGCUUAACUGUGCUUUCCAGCCAGCCAGCCAGCUGCAGGGCCUCUUGCUGCUUAAGAGCUGAUGGGCUGGGCAUGUUGGCUCACACCUGUGAGCACAGUACUGAGAAAUGGGAGCACAGUACUGGGAAAUGGGAGCACAGUACUAGGAAAUGGGGGCUCACAGCACUGCAAAAUGGGAGCACAGUAUUGGGAAAUGGGAGCACAGUACUGGGAAAUGGGAGCACAGUACUGGGAAGUGGGAGCACAGUAUUGGGAAAUGGGAGCACAGUACUGGGAAAUGGGAGAACAGUACUGUGAAAUGGGAGCACAGUACUGUGAAAUGGGCAUACGGUACUGAGAAAUGGGAGCACACAGUACUGGGAAAUGGGAGCAUAGUACUGGGAAAUGGGAGCCCACAGUACUGGGAAACGGGAGCUCACAGUACUGGGAAAUAGGAGCACAGUACUGGGAAAUGGGAGCAUAGUACUGGGAAAUGGGAGCACAGUACUGGGAAAUGGGAGGAUAGUACUGGGAAACCCCAGGCCUGGAUUCUGAGUUUUUCAGCCUAGCCCAGACUUCUUAUCUUAGUAGACAAAAAGAGUCAAUACCAGAGAAGCAGAGGCAUCCUCUGUAUUUUAAUGAACUCUGCAUUUUAGUCUGUUUAGUAGUCAUAUUUUAAAAGAUAAUCAGUUUUCCACAUAUAUCUGUAAGUUACUACGUGCAUUGGGCUGUUUUUGUGUUUCUGUAAAGAAAUACCUGAGGCUGGGUAAUUUAUUUAAAAACAUAGGUUAAACUGGCUCACAGUUGUGCAGGCUGUACAGGAAGCAUGGUGCUGGCAUCUGCUUGGCUUCCGGUGAGGCCUCAGGAAGCUUCCGUCAUGGCUGAAGGUGGGGUGAGAGCCAACACAUCAUGUAGUGAGAGCAGGAGCAAGAGAGAGUGGUGGGGUUGAGGGACGCCAACAUCUUUAAAUGACCAGAUUUCAAGUGAACUACCAGAGCAAGGACUCACUCAUCACCAAGGGGAUGGCACUAAACUAUUUAUGAGGAACCUGCUCCCAUGAUUCAAACACCUCCCACCAGGCCCCACCUCCAACACUGGGGACUACAUCUCAACAUGGGAUUUGGAGGGGACAAACCUCCAAGCUAUAUCAUUCCAUCCCUGGUCCCUCAAAUCUCAUGUCCAGCUCACCUUGCAACAUAUAAUCAUCCCUUCUCAAUAGUCCCUGAAAGUCUAAACUCAUUCCAGGAUCAACUCAAUCAAAAAUGCCAAGUCCAAAGUCUCAUCUGGAGAUGAGUUCCUUUCACCUACGAGCCUGUGAGAUCAAAAACAAGUGAUUUACUUCCCAGAUACAAUGGAUACAAUGAUGGUACAGGCACUGGGUAAACAUACCUAUUCCAAAAGGAAGAAAUUGGCCAAAAGAAAGAGGCUACAGGCCCCAAGGAAGUCUGAAACUCAGCAGGGCAGACAUUAAACCUUAAAGUUCCAAAAUAAUCUCCUCUGACUCCGUGAGGCACACUGGUGUGAGGCGUGGGCUCCCAGGGCUUUGUACAACUCCACCCCUGUGGCUUUGCAGGUUGUAGCCCCUGCAGCCAAUCUCCUGGGUUAGAGUUGAGUACUUGUGGCUUUUCCAGGCUGAGGUUGCAAGCUGCCAGUAGAUCAAACAUUCUGGGGUCUGGAGGGCAUAAGCCCUCUGCCGACAGCUCCACUAGGUAGUGCCCUGGUGGGGAGUCUGUGUGGGGCUCCAACCCUACAUCUCCUCUCAGCAUUGCCCUCAUAGGGUAUCUCUGUGAGGGCUCUGCUGCUGCAGCAGGCUUCUGCCUGGGCACCCAGGUUUUCCCACACAUCCUCUGUAAUCUAGGGGGAAGCUGCCAAUGCCCCUUCACUCUUGUGUUCUGUGUUCCUGCAGAUUUCACACCACUUGGGAGCCAGCAAGGCUUACCCUCUAGAGCAGCAGUCCACACUGUACCUGGAGACUGUUGAACCACCACUGUAGCUGAAGAAGUUGGGAUACAGGGACCAGUGUCCCGAGGCUGCACAGGGCAUCAGGGUCCUAGUCCUGGCCCAUUAAGCCAUUCUUUUCUCCUAGGCCUCUGGGCCUGUGAUGGGAGGGGCUGCUGUGAAGAUCUUUGAAAUGUCUUCAAGGUCUUUUUCCCAUUGUCUUGGAUAUUAGCACUUGGCUCCCUUUUAGCCACGCAAAUCUCUCUAGUAAGUGGUUGUUCUGCAGCCUGUUUGGAUUCCUCUCCUGAAAACAUUUUUUUCUUUGUCUACCAUGUGGCUAAGCUGCAAAUUUUCCAAACUUUUACAGCCUGCUUCCUUUUAGUAUAAAUUCCAACUUUAAGUCAUUCAUUUGCUCCCCUAUCUGAUGAUAGGUUGUUGGAAGCAGCCAUGCCACCUCUUGAAUGUUUAGCUGCUUAGAAAUAUCUUCUGCCAGAUACCCUAGGUUAUGAUUCUUAAGUUCAAACUUCCACAGAUCACUAGGACACAAAUAUAAUGUAGCCAAGCUCUUUGCCAAGGCACACAAGGGUGACCUUUGCUCCAGUUCCCAAUAACUUCCUCAUUUCCAUCUGAGAUCUUGUCAGCCUGGCCUUCAUUAUCCAUAUUUCUAUCUGCAUUUUGGUUCCAACCACUUAUUAAGUCACUAAGUUCCAAACUUUCUCUCAUCUUUCUGUCUUCUUCUGAGCCCUCUAAAGUCUUCCAACCUCUGCUCAUUACCCAGUUCCAAAGCUGCUACCACAGUUUCAGGUAUCUUUAUAGCAAUGUCCUGCUCCUCAGUGCCAAUUUUCUGAAUGAACCCAUUUUUGCAUUGCUAUAAAGAAAUACCUGAACCUGGGUAAUUUCUGACAAAAGGCCUGAAUCCACAGGUAUAUGAGGAGUAAUUCAUGACAAGCUGCACAAAUAAAAAUAAGAAAUCCAGGCCUAAAUACAUUGUAGGGUAAGGUGGAACACAAAAGAAAAUGUAACUUUAAAAAGCAGAAAGAAACAACAAAUCAUCCACAGAAGAAAUGCAGUUAGACAGCAGAUGUAUUAAUCAUAAGAACAGUAGCUAGGUAAAUAAUACUCACAAAGUGUGACAAAAAAAAAAAAACAACUUUUGAUCUGGAAUUAUG